GAAUAAGAUUUUUGUUAUUAUUAAUUUUUUUUGGGUUUUUUUGGUAUAUCGGUUUAAGGUUUAAAUUUGAAGGGUUAAAAGCAUAUGACAAUCGACUUACCCACGGCUCCUUCAUACUCAUUGAAUGGUAAAUUGUUGUGGGCAAUGAGAGUUAGGGCCAAAUAUUUUAUCUUUGCUCACUUGGGUAGGCACUAGGCAGGUAGGCAGCCAUCGGAGGCGGGAAAAGAUAAAUCAGAAAACCAAUUGGGAAGACACCGAUUCAAGAAAUAAAAACUAUCGAAAUAAAUCUUCAUUCAUGGAAGGCUGAAAAUCUUAAACAAACAGAUCAAAUGGUUUCCGCCAACCAAUUAAUUUUCUAUGACUUUUAGCAUCCCGGGUUAUGCACAUAAGCUGUUUGAUGAAAUUCCUGUUAGAAGCAAUGAAAUCGGUGUGACCAAACGAGUGCCUCAGGACCAUGACAAAAUGUGAUUGUUUAAAAGAUUCUAAAUAAAAAAGAACCGUGAGGAAACUCUUGUUAUUUAAUUGGAGUUCUUCUCUUCAUGUAUUUAGUUAAUUUUCUAUGUUUCUUCAUAUUUAAAACAUCAACUUUUGCAGGAAUCAGCAUAUUACUCUAUGCAAGUUUAGCUUCUUAACAAAACGAAUGUAUCUUCAUGAUGGAAAGUGGUUUUACUCUAUGCAAGUUUGAUCGAUUCUUCUCCUUUUCCUCACUGGGCUACUUCUACUUUUUUGGCAAUGAAAACCGGCAUUAAUCGUUAAAAUUUAGCCACUGGUUUUAUGUUUGUCAGGUGAAGAAAACCAACAUUUUCUCUUUGCAAUCGUUGUGCACACCAACUGUUCGACAUAUUGCUUCAUAGACUGUUUCUUCACCAAACAUGAGAAGAAGUUCAAUCUUACCAUUGUUACGUCUACACCAACCCUUAACAUCUUCCCUAUACGACAAAAUCCGGGACAAUUCCUCUUUCACCAAAUCAAGUUUUAUGUGGAUUCAAAUCAUGCACAAAACCUGUGGAGGAAGAAGACCAAAAAAGAAAAUCUACCACAGAGUCCAUGAACUAGACAAAGCCAUGGACCUCCAAAAGAAACCCAAUGUCAUCCUAAAGCUCAAAUCAAUCAUCCAAUCACAAAAGAACCAAUCUUUACUUCUUAGAGACCUCGAAAAAGAAGUGGGAUUUAUUCAAAAAUGGAAUUUCAUCGCUGUUAUUGAAAAAUACCCAUUAAUAUUCCACGUCAGCAGUGGUCACAAAACACCACCUGCAGUCUCACUUACCAAAAAAGCCGAAAAGAUUGCUUCUGAAGAAUCUCUAGCCAAUGAACUCAUGGAACCCAUUUUGGUCAACAAUUUGAAGAAACUAUUAAUGUUGUCAGUUGAUUGUAGGUUGCCACUUGAAUCCAUUGAUUUGAUUCAACCCGAAUUCGGUUUACCUUCUGAUUUCAAGAAAUCUUUAAUCCCAAAAUUUCCCGAAUUUUUCUCUGUAAAAGAAGUACGCGGGAUUCCCCAUCUUGAACUUGAAACAUGGGAUUCCUCCCUUGCGAUAACUGCCCGAGAGGAAAGAUUGAUCCAAGAUAGAAUUUCGGGCAGUUCCGGGCAGCUGAAACGGGCACGAAUUUCAAAAGAUGGAAACUUUCAUGGCCCUUUUGCUUUUCAUUUAAAAUUCCCAGUUGGGUUUCGACCAAACAUGAGUUAUCUUCAAGAACUUGAAAAAUGGCAGAAGAUGGAUUUUCCUUCUCCUUAUUUGAAUGCAAAAAGAUUUGAAGUUUCUGAUCCUAAAGCUCGGAAGAGGGUGGUUGGAGUUCUUCAUGAGGUUCUUAGUUUGACUAUGGAGAAAAGGUUGACUUCUGCACAGCUGGAAGCGUUUCAUUCAGAAUUGAGAUUGCCUGCUAGAUUGUUGCUUUGUUUAAUUAAGCAUCAUGGUUUGUUUUACAUUACUAAUAAAGGUGCAAAGAGUAGUGUUUUUCUUAAAGAAGGUUAUGAAGGGUCAAGAUUGGUUGAUAAAUGUCCCCUUUUGAUGUUUAGGGAUAAGUUUGUAGCACUCAGUGGGAGGAGAGAUGUUGAACAUUCAUCAUGUGUUGUAUGAACAUCUUUAGAAAAUCUAUAUGUGACAUUUGUAUGAAAGUUAUUUGAUACAUGUUUGACUUUUUAAUA